AUGGACAAGUCCAUGGAUUUGCUGCUGCGAAUCAAAUGGCCGAUUUGUUUCGCUCGCGCGACGUUCUUCGCGCUCGCGUCUACAAACUCAAGCGCCCUCUGCCCGCGAUUAUCGCAUCGAUGAGCACGACAUUUACGUUCGAUCUGACAAAGUACUCGUCAGCGGCUGCGUUUGACACGGAUUGGAAAUUGCCAAAAAGGUGAGCUCCGAAAUGUAUGAUUCUAUCUGAUCGCGCGACACCUCAUCGCUGAUUGUCAUUGUUGAGCACGCUUAAAAGUGCUCGAUAAUAAUGCCGGUAAUCAAGAAAGCUUCUCAUUCCAAAAUGGGAAAAUUUCUCAAAGGCACCAGGAUGAGUACACCAAAGAAAAGUAAAGAAAAUGAUGAUGAUUACACUAUAGAUGUGUCAAAAGAAGCAAAGACAUAUUUGGAAAAAUUCUUAGGUGAUGUUAGCAAGACCUCAGCCACUAAACAAAUUAUCAUUGGUACCACAUCAGGAUGGGUCACUGGAGUUGUCACUAUGAAAAUUGGAAAGGUAGCAGCCUGUGCAAUUGGUGGUGGUAUUAUUAUAAUGCAAAUUGCUGCGCAUCAAGGUUACAUAAAGAUCAAUUGGGAUAAGGUAACAAAAAAAGCUGAAAAGAUUUCAGAUAAAGUAGAAGAGAAAAUUACUGGCGAAGCACCAAAUUUGAUGGACAAGGUCGAAAGAUUCGUCGAUCGAAAGCUGGAUAAAGCCGAACGGUUAUUGAAACAAGGUGAAAAACGCACGCGACGCUGGUAUCAUACGUUAAUUGGUGAUGACAAUAGCUUCCAACCGAAUGAAUUUCACUUCUUCCUAUUGUCCUUCGUGGCAGGAGUUGCGCUUGGUGUCGCUACCGCCAACUAAGUAAUAAGUCGCUGCACUCUGAAUGUAACCAGGAAGGUCCAUAUUCACGCGGAAGAUAGCUCCGUCAUUGUCGAUCAUGACGACGUUGACGAA